GGUGUGUAUUUAGAGCUUUACCACGUCUCGCCACAUCUAGCUACACUCACAUUUCUCUAGCUUUUAUACUUCUGGGUAUUUUUAGACAAUAAUGGAAUUAUAGCCUUACAGAUUCAAUCUGCACAAAUUACUGAGCCUCAGUUUGUGUUGAAGUCGAGCUUUUCUACUCGUAGAUUUUUAUAAAACUUUUAUUAACCUUUUAGACAAACCACUACUCGUCUACUUAUGCACAUCUAAGAUGCAGUUAUAACGGAGAAAGUUUGAAUGUGCUUGUUUCCACUUUUUUACCCAAUUUGACCCGUAAAAAUGUUUUGAAAUGUCACCAAAUCUGUGGGAGUCCCAACGCAUUGGGAGACGACGCGUUGUGCCAGAGCGUUGGUUUCCGACGCCCGCGGUAAAACGCACAUUUAACCAAUUUUCAUUUUUCGAUGGGUGUGAGAAUGUGUUGGAAUUUGACAAGUUUAAAGGCGUUACCAAAAUACCUCAGGCAAUCACUCCUUCACCCAGAUACUUAAAGAGGUUUAAUGGUGUCAUUUAAGAUCUGAAAUCAAUCAUUACAGGAAAAAUACUCACGUUAACCCAUCAUUCAUUCAUGCAGAGCAUUGGACACAUUAUUAAAACACUUUGGAUUUAACCCUCCCACACUCUUUAUGGGUGACCCCGUGAGGAAAGUUGACCAUUGAGCAGGAUUGAUGGUUUAUCCCUUGAGGUCCACGUGGCAGGGGUGAGGUGGAGCUCAAUCCUCACCCCUGCCACAUGGACCCAAGGGAUAAACCAUCAAUCCUGCUCAAUGGUCAACUUUCCUCGCGGAGUCACACCCAUUAGUAGCCUGGCAAGCCAGACUAAAUAAAUGUGUUAUAUAGUCUGGCAACGCUCCAUUGACGGCUCUCGGUUGUGGGGCGGGUUCUACCGUUGUCUUUCAAACAAUCUCCGCAUGCUACUGGACAAUGAAUGUGACAUACGCACCGCAACAGCUAUCGGUAAAUGAGGCGGUCCGCAGUUUAAGAAGGAGAAAACACAUCAUUUUUUCUAAAAAAAAAAAAAAAGCACUAAAAUACAUCUAUCUGCUCCUGAUUCUAAUGAAGCCCAGGUUCUAAUAGUCCAACAUGGAUGUAAAAGCCAUUUCAAACGAGCUGUCGCCAUCUUGUUUCACUCUGUUGCAUCAUCCCACCCACCAGGCAUAUGGAGUGCCCUGAUUGGCCCACAAAGCGGAUAAAGCUGUGAUUUGUUCACUAAGCAGAUAGAGCACUAUGAUUGGCCCACCAUUAUGGACCAAUCACAGCUCUUUAUGUGUUCGAAACCCCUCUAGAGAGCUGUGAUUGGCCAGCCAAUUGCUGUUAGGGACUGCAGAGGUUCCAGUGGAGCGUUCCUAGACCAAACUUUGCAAAGCAAGAAUUUGGUCUAGUUCACUAGACUAAUCCAUUAGGACAGUGGGAGGGUUAAACGUAUUGUUCAUUCACAAGAUAUGAUUGUAUAACACUGAUGAAAUUAUAAAGUCAUUCAUGAGCCAAGGAAGAUCAUUUUUGUUCAGAGAGGGUAGAUGAGAAGUCCUGCGUCUUUUGCAGCCUUGAGGACUCGUGACGUACCGCAGGAUAAAUCAAGAACAUCGGCUCAACAGGUCAAUCGGCACCCCGGUGUCAGAGUGACCCAUAUGAAGAAGUUUGGCCUGUAUUGUAAGUUAAAAGUUGACUUCUGGUCAUUUUGAUGAAAUACUUGGCACUUCGGUACGCUACGCAGUUCUCAGUUGUUUGGCAAAAAUGUUUGAGACUUGUUGGAGACACAAAAUCACAAGAAAAACGGAUUUUCAGUUUGGCAUCCAUCAAAACUGCAAAUGAAUCAUGAUGACACUGGUGCUAAUUAUCUCAUCAACAUUCAUUCAAAAAGUGUCUCAAUUUGUUCUGAUUUUAUUUUCAGUUUGGUCUCAGGCUCCUCUUAAAGACCUGAGAAGCGUUUCAGACGUCUGUGAUGGAGUUGAGAUUCUUCAGGAGCAUUUCGGGAUGCUUGGGUAACUUCUCACAAAUAUCUCCGACAGUUGCAGCCUGGCGAGAUUCAGACCCGUUUCUGUGUCGGAUUGUUUAUGUUUUAUAGUUUUGUGGUCUACGCUCGCGGUACGAGUACUGUAAGGCGCCGCGGCCGGCGGACAUGCUGUCUGCCAUGCUUUGCUGAAACCGUUUUGAUGCUAAAAGCUCCAAUAACUGUGAGGUUUUGGUGAUUUUCUGUUUCGUUGUUAAAGUUUAUUCAAAUUAUGUUUGUUUGUAGUUUAUUAAAAAUGAACUCCAGUUGAUUUUCUUCACCAAACGAACAAAAAAGCUCCAAAUUCAGCAGAAAAUUUUAAUCAUCUAGGUGUUGGCUUCUCUUUAAUCGAUAUAAAGAAUAAAACUGAUCUCUCCAGCAGAUUCUAGAUAAAAACAUAUUUUAACUGUUGUCACAAAUUAUUUUCUCAUUUGGAUUUAUGACAAUUUUUAAUCAGCUCCAAAAUAUUUUUGAAAAAUAAAAAAGGAAUCAAAAAUUCUUCAGCUCCUCAAAUGAGCAGAAAUAUUGAAUUAUAAUCAGAUGAAUCCACCAGCAGAUAAUUUAUUUAAACUUUAUGUUUCUGAGUGCAGAAACUCCUGUUUUAUCUGAAUAUUUAAGAAACAUCUGAAAAGUUCUGAUGAUUUGAACAUUUUUAGUCUUUGAAACUUUAGAAAACUAUGAAACUAAUAUAUCUUUUUUUUAAUUCAGAGUAAAACUUUAAAUUAGAUUUUUAUAUUCAUUAUUGCCACAAAUAAGUAAAAGAAAAAUGUAAAAAAAAAAAAUUCUUAGUCUUUUCUUUGAUUUGGACACUAAAGGGUUGAAGUAUUUUGUUUUCUGAUUAUUUUGUUUGCUUCCACGUCUGUUUUCUCGUGUUUUUGUGCCCAGAACUAAAAUAGUUUUUAAAUUUUCACUUAGCAACAAUGCUAACAUUUUGUCUUCUUUUCACCUCCUCAGUUUUCCGUUGUUCUCGUCCUGCUUUUCAUGAAUCUAGAAUUAUUUUGCACACCUUCAAAAACUUUUCUGAUUCAGAAACAAAUUUCUUCUGUCUUGUAAAGUUUCUGUUUCUCACAACAAGCUGUCUUAAAAGCACCUGCUGGUGUUCUUUGUGGCUCACGACGUGUCGAACUGAAACACCGUAGCAUGUCGCUCCGAGUCACGCACAUGUUUUCUCCUCUAUGCAGAAAAUAUUAUUUGUUCUUUUGAACUCACAGGACUGUUAGACUGACAACUUUUCACAGUUUUUAUGCUUCUUUUUCUACAUUUGAAGCUCGUGUACAUUCUGUAUGAUGUAGGGUUUAAACGUGAGCAGAAAUCUACUAACGUGUGUUUCUGUGAUGUUUUUUUUUUACACGUGGAAUGAAAAUAAAACUGUUUUACCAGCAAAAAGCAGCAUGAUGUUGGAUAUGUUGCUAAAUGGCGCCAUCUGGUGGUGAAUAUUUAUACAGCUAAUAAAAAACUGGAAAUCCGUCCAGGGUUUUAUUUAUGCAUCAUAAAUAAACGUAUCUCUGUCUGAAGAGACGGUCUUUAAUCACUUUACAUUUCUGUCUUCUUUAGCUGCAGGAUUUUACAGAAGCUUGUACAUAAACAUGUUUCUGUGUAAAUUUAUUUAAAUUAUUUAAACAGGUUUCUGAUUUGACUUUCAGACAAACAUUAAGGAUUUAUUAUCUAGUUAUUAAAGAUGCGUCAGGUAAUUAGAUUAUUGCUUCUGUAAAAUACGAUGUAUGCUUAUGAAGCUGCCUUGCUUUGCCUACAAAGAGCAAGAUCUAUAAAAGAAUAAAACAAAUGAUCAUAACUAGAGUAGUUCAUGAAACACCGCAAGAAAAUGCCUACUAGUGAUUAGAAAUGCUUCAGAUCUGAGAAAAUAACUUUAUUUAUUAAGUGUCUCCUAUAAGGCUGGUAAAGUACCACAUAAUAGUCUAAUAAGUUGAUUUUUGACUUAUUUAAAGUUUCCAGUGGGUGAGAAAAACUUCUCAGAGAUUUCUGGGGCGCACUUCUUCGGCUGUCCUGAACUCGGGACCCUGGACCCUGGAAGUCGGACGACGUCAACAAGACCGAGGAGUCCGACCCAGCCCUCAGAGGCGGCGCGCUGCGCUCAUUCCGACGCCAAGCUGCUCGUUUGUGCGUCUUUACGCGCCUUUCCUUGCUGGCAGACAUGCAGUUUCCGCGCGUAAAAGCGCACCGAGGACGAGUUUGGGGACCGUAGCGGAUAGUUAAAAUGUUGGCCAGAAAAAGCAUCAUCCCGGAGGAGUUCGGUCUGCCGGGUCUCGUGUCUCGAACGCCCCGAAAACCGGUGUUCAGGGACCGCGUGAACAAAGCGCGCUUCAUCGCCAAAAACGGCUCGUGCAACUUGGCGCACAAGAACAUUCGCGAGCAGGGCCGAUUCCUGCAGGACGUGUUCACCACGCUAGUGGACCUGAAGUGGCGCUUCACGCUGGUCAUCUUCACCACCACGUUCGUGAGCAGCUGGCUGCUGUUCGCCAUGAGCUGGUGGCUGGUGGCGUUUGCGCACGGAGACCUGGACCCGGAGCGGCAGAACCUGAGCCACUGCGUCACCGACGUCAAGUCGUUCACGUCAGCCUUCCUCUUCUCCAUCGAGGUUCAGGUGACCAUCGGCUUUGGGGGACGGAUGAUAACGGAGCAGUGCCUGGCGGCCAUCAUGGUCCUUAUUUUGCAGAACAUAGUUGGACUCAUCAUCAAUGCAGUCAUGCUGGGUUGUAUCUUUAUGAAGACGGCCCAGUCCAAUCGCCGAGCGGAGACGCUGAUCUUCAGUCGUCACGCUGUGAUCGCCGUGAGGAACAACUGCCUCUGCUUCAUGAUUCGUAUCGGGGAUCUGAGGAAGAGUAUGAUCAUAGGAGCCACCGUCAGACUACAGGUGGUGAGGAAGACCACGACCCCGGAAGGCGAGGUCAUUCCCAUCCAUCAGAUCGACGUGGAGGGCAACAGCCUGUUCCUUCUUGCUCCGCUCAUCAUCUGCCACGUCAUCGACAAAAACAGCCCGCUGUAUGACCUGUCAGCCAUGGAGCUGCAGUGCAGCGACCUGGAGGUCAUCGUCAUCCUGGAGGGAGUAGUGGAGACGACAGGCAUCACCACUCAGGCCCGGACCUCCUACGUCUCAGAGGAGAUCCGGUGGGGUCACCGAUUUGUUCCCAUAGUAACGGAGGAGGAGGGUGUGUACUCUGUGGACUAUUCCAAAUUUGGAAACACAGUAAAAGUGGCGACACCGAGCUGCAGUGCCAGGGAGCUGGACGAGAAGCCCCACAUUUUAAUCCAAACUCUUCAGAAGAGCGAGCUGUCCUACCAGAACUCGCUGAGGAAGCGGAACUCCAUGAGACGCAACAACUCCAUGAGAAAAGUCGCCGGGAGCAGCGGGAACCUGCGCAGGAACACCUCAGGGCUCGUUACUGUGGCCAGUGGAAUGUGCCACCGCUAAACCCGGGUGUACGCCGUGUGAUUUUUGGAGCUUUUCAGUCGAUUUUCCUCUGCGAGAAUCUUUGAGGUCGGGGCGAGUUUUGCAUUGUGUAGUAUAAGUGGGGUAACAAGUGGCGAGUAACAUCCCAUGGCCAGCUCCCGAUCGACAGUCGUGUAGUUGCACGAAUACCAAACAUCGUCAGGUUAUCGCUCUGCUGAAGCAGAGCUCCGACCCAAAAGUACCUGAACCGCUCACACAGCGCUUGCUUCAACACGGCUCCCCAGCUAUUUUCACAUCAACACACGUUUCAUUUCACACAUUUCUCUGCACACAAUAACAAGGAUUGUCAGUUUGCCGUAUUUAUGUAAAAUAAAACGGUCCCAAAAGUGUUUUCUUCUUUUUUUUAUCAUCCUUCCCUCACCACCAAACCCCUAUGUGUCUGUCUACGGCAAGCCUGAAGGACAACAAACUUCGUAUAAAGGUUGAGAUAAAAAGACAACAGUCUCCCAGGGGCGCCUCCAGAAAACUUUGAUAAGGAUGGCACUCGAAACUGAGAGUUUAGCCUGUGGCGAUGCUUUGCACGUUUCCGAAACACCUAACCCAAAUUUGAGACAUACAAACAUUUCAGAAAAAUACAUUUCAGCUAUUUAAAAAGUUGUUUCAAAAUGAAUUUUACAAUUUUAUUUUUAGUUUAAUUCACCUGCUGCUGUCUUCACAAAAAACCACGGAGAUAAACUUUGAGCAGCAGAAAUAAAUUAUUUUAAAUUUCAGAUUUUUUUAACUAAUAAACUGUAUAAAAAUUUUAUUGAGUUUUUAUUUCUUGAAUAAAUAAGGUGAAGUUAUG